AAAUGGCAGCGGCAGUCGGGUUGAGAGCGACUUACCACAGAGCUUUGGACAGGAUAGAGAUGAUGCUUCCUUCCAAGUUACGGCCUUUGUACAAUCACCCUGCAGGUCCUAAAACAGUGUUCUUCUGGGCUCCAAUAAUGAAAUGGGGGUUGGUGAUUGCUGGGCUAGCCGACAUGACAAGACCAGCAGAGAAACUUAGCACAGGACAGUCUGCAGUUCUAACAGCCACAGGUCUCAUUUGGUCACGUUAUUCCCUUGUGAUCAUUCCUAAAAAUUGGUCACUGUUUGCUGUAAACUUCUUUGUUGGUUGUGCCGGGGGGUCCCAGCUUUUCAGAAUAUGGAGGUACAAUCAGGAUCUUAAAGCUAAAGGUAUUGAAGUGAAUCAAGAAGUAAAACCUUGAGCCAUUCUUAACAUAUCAUCUGUGGAAUAUUUUAACGGAUGGAACAGAACCUAACUGUGGUAUUUUACAUGAAUUUAUACUUCUAAUUACAUCACUGAAGAUCUAAAAGGAGUCAUGUUAUUGAAAAAAAAACUCACAUUUCUUAUGAUUUUAGUUGAACUAUUUGUAGCCUAGCAAAUUAAUAAAGGAUGAAAUUUAA